AUGCACCUCAUUCUUACGGGGGCCACAGGCCUUGUCGGCACCAGCGUCCUUGAUGCCAUGCUCAAGACGAACGCCAUCACGAAGAUAUCCAUCCUCAGCCGACGACCCGUUCCCAUGGCCCAAAACUCGGACGAUCCUAGAGUACAAGUCAUCAUCCACAAAGACUUUGCCCAGUAUGAACCCGAGGUCAUGGUCAAGCUUCAGGGUGCCACCGGCGCCGUCUGGGCUCUCGGCGUCAGCCAGACGCAGGCCUCCAAAGAGGACUACGUGACCAUCACGCGAGACUACCCCUUAGCAGCAGCGAAAGCGUUCGCCAACCUCCCGUCGGCGGACCAGCCGUUUCGCUUCGUCUACGUGUCCGCCGGAGGCGCCACACAGACCCCGGGGUUUCUCACGCCCUACUACGGCGCCGUCAAGGGAGAAGCGGAGACUUUGCUGUCCGAGCUGCGCCUCCGUGCGCCGCGUCUGCGGACGGAUUCGUUUCGCGCCGGGUUCGUGGAUGCGGCACAGCAUGCCGAGAUUUCGCCUUUUGUCCCCCGGCCGCCUUUGCUGUACCGCCCGGUGGUACCCCUUGUGGCGGCGCUGAUGAGCGGGUUCGGGGCGACGUCGAUGCGCUGUCCGACGGAGCCGCUGGGGCGAUUCUUGACGGAGGUGGCCAUGGGGAAGUUCGAUGGGCAGCUGCAUGCUGGAGGCGACGACAUUGCGACUUUACAUGGUGGUUUGAGGAUAGUGGAGAAUUGGACGUUCAGAAGGCUGGCUGGUCUUGGUCCAUGA